UCAUGUGAUUGGCCGUGAACCCGGGAGUGGUAUUAACGUGUAAUACUUUAGACAGGAGCAGUAGUGCCAGAAGAAAUCCUGUCACUCAAAUUGUAACUUUGUGGAAUUUCUCGACAAUAAUAAUGGAAGAUGUGACUGGGGCUCAGCUCAUUGCAGAGGCACUAAAAGCUCAGAAUGUAGAAUAUAUGUUUGGAAUAGUUGGUGUUCCAGUCAUUGAAGUAGCUAUGGCAGCUCAAGCCUCAGGAAUCAAGUAUGUGGGAAUGCGCAAUGAACAAGCCGCUUGCUAUGCUGCGUCUGCUGUUGGUUACCUCACUGGACGUCCAGGUGCGUGUCUGGUUGUGUCUGGACCGGGACUCAUCCAUGCACUUGGUGGAAUGGCCAACGCUAACAUGAACUGCUGGCCUGUGAUUGUUAUUGGAGGCUCCUCCGAUCAAAACCAAGAGACCACUGGGGCAUUUCAAGAGUUUCCACAGGUGGAGGCAUGCAGACUGUACAGUAAGUUCUCUGCUAGGCCUAGCAGUCUGGAUAUGAUAUCCUCAGUGGUAGAGAAGGCAGUACGCACUAGCAUGUAUGGACGUCCAGGUGCUGUAUACGUAGACAUAUCUGGGGACAUGGUCAAUGCUAAAUUGGACAGGAGCAGAGCCAGAGAGGUGCCCUGUAGUCCACCUCCUCCUGUGAGUAUGGCUGACCAUAUGGCGAUCACAGAAGCACUGGCGGUCCUGAAAGGAGCCAAACGGCCUUUACUCAUCAUUGGCAAAGGUGCAGCCCAUGGAAGAGCAGAGGGGGCUCUGAGGGAGCUGGUGGAGGGGUGUGACCUGCCCUUCCUGCCCACCCCCAUGGGUAAAGGGGUGCUGCCUGAUGAUCACCCCAACUGUGUUGCUGCUGCCCGCUCCAGAGCUCUGCUCCAGUCUGAUGUUGUGGUCCUACUUGGUGCCAGGCUCAACUGGAUCCUGCACUUUGGCCUUCCCCCCAGGUUUGACCCCCAUGUAAAGGUCAUCCAGGUUGAUCUGUGUGCUGAGGAGAUGGGGAACAACGUGCAACCUGCUGCUGCUCUCCUGGGGGACAUCAAUACUAUUGUCAAGCAGCUCCUGGAGUACGUUCACAAAGAUGGCUGGAAGUAUCCAGCUGAUACAGAAUGGUGGACCACGUUAAAAGAGAAGAUGGCUGCUAACGCAACAAUGACAAAGGCGUUAGCUCUACAGUCGACAACACCCAUGAACUACUACCAAGUGUUCCACCACAUCUCCCAGCUGCUGCCCCACGACUGUGUCAUCGUGAGUGAGGGGGCCAACACCAUGGACAUCGGGCGCACCAUGUUGAACAACUACCUUCCUCGACACAGGUUGGAUGCUGGCACCUUCGGGACGAUGGGGGUGGGUCUGGGCUUUGCCAUCGCGGCUGCAGUAGUGCAGAGGAACCAGAACACAGGCCAGAGGGUGGUGUGUGUGGAGGGGGACAGUGCCUUUGGAUUCUCUGGGAUGGAGGUGGAGACCAUGUGCAGGUAUAAACUCCCAGUGGUCAUCAUCGUGGUCAACAACAAUGGGAUCUACAGCGGAGUGGACGCAGAGACGUGGGAAAUGAUGGGAAAGAUGGGAGAUCUGACCACUGUAGCCCCCCCUGUGACCCUGCUGCCUGAAGCCCGCUAUGACGAGGUCAUGAAGGCCUUUGGAGGACGAGGGUUCCUGGUGCGGACAGAGGAGGAGCUGCGUAGUGCCUUACAGCUCAGCCUCAGUGACUGGGAGAGACCUAGUCUCCUCAACGUCCUCAUAGACCCCUCCUCAGACAGGAAGCAACAGGAGUUUCCAUGGCUGACUCGCUCCAACCUGUAGCCCCAAGAGGAGAGGUCUGCUGUAUGGGACAGUGAGGAAGACCUGCUUCCUUCUCCCACCUGAUGGAGAAAUUGGGUACGUCCCAAAUGGCAACCUCUUCUCUAUAAGGUUCAUUCUCUAUGGGCCCUGGUCAAAAGUAGUGCACUAAAUAGGGAAUAUGGUGCCAUUUGGUAUGCAGCCCUUGUCAGUGAAGUUUAUCUCUCUAUAACAUGGUGUUGGGAGACAGUGACAGCUCCUCACUCUGCCAUGAGCAGGCUGCAUUUAAUGUGUUUUUGUAUCUAAAAAAUAAUGUUCCUAUGAAAUGUUUUAAUCAAGUCACAUUUACUACACGGUAGCAUUACAUUUUUGAUUUUGUAAUUUUAUACCAUGAUUAAGAUGUAGAUUUGUGACAAAAUGUCAGGUAUAUUUGUCUUUGACUUAUUUACUAUACUUGUACAAGUGUAAUUGAAAAUAAACUUUGUUGCAGACAAACUA